AGAAUCGAGCACACCUGUUCAGAAGCUGGCCUUGCCGCGCGGCAUGUGAUCAUCCGGGUACUUGUGGGUAUACCACAUAACUGAAACCGAAGUCUCCCAUUAGCUGCCGUUAAUCUCCCAGUUUAGACGAUAUUUUCGGGGUUUUCGCUUAAAAACGGAGUUUGCUGGAGAUUGUAUCGAGAAAACAUCGAAAUCGAUGGUGGAACAUUUAAAAAUAACUGCAGAUGACGCGUAAGCAGAGCGUUGCUGCUAAUUGAGAGAAGAGUUGCAGCCCUUUUCUGCGUCAGCUGCGGUUUCCACCUUUCUACACAUGCAUUCAUUGCUGGUCAGUAGACCCAACGCUGUGGAUAAAUUCAUGGAGCUAGGUUAAGGUCCGUCAAACCUUUAUCGCCAUCCAGGAACGCAGAGCAGCUUUAAAGCUACUUCGGCCUCGGAUGUGUAUUUGUGACUUUGUUUUUGCCACAGAACAACGUUAGAGGGCGUCGUUUGUUGUUUGUGGGAACUCCUUAAUACCUUUUUCACCCCACUAGUGGUAAAAAAAAUAAGGGCGGCGACAUGGUGGUCAAUACCAUCCACUGGUUCAGGAAGGGACUACGGCUGCAUGACAACCCGUCUCUGAAAGACUCUAUCCAGGGAUCGGACACCCUUCGUUGUAUUUAUAUCCUAGACCCCUGGUUCGCUGGAUCCUCCAAUGUGGGCAUCAACAGGUGGAGGUUUUUGCUGCACUGUUUAGAAGACUUGGAUGCCAGCCUGCGCAAACUCAACUCCCGCUUGUUUGUCAUUAGAGGCCAGCCUACAGAUGUCUUCCCUCGUCUGUUUAAGGAAUGGCAGAUAAACCGUUUAUCUUAUGAAUAUGACUCUGAGCCUUUUGGCAAGGAACGUGACGCUGCCAUCCAAAAACUAGCCAAUGAGGCUGGGGUGGAGGUCACGGUGCGGAUUUCACACACCCUCUACAAUCUGGACAAGAUUAUAGAACUUAAUGGCAAUCUGCCUCCACUCACCUACAAACGCUUCCAGGCUGUAAUAAAUCGAAUGGAUGCCGUCGAGAUGCCAGCGGAGACGAUCACAUCUGAGGUUCUUAAAAACUGUGUCACACCAAUCAGUGAAGACCAUGAUGAAAAGUUUGGGGUGCCCUCCCUUGAAGAGCUUGGUUUUGAGACAGAGGGUUUAACCACAGCAGUAUGGCCUGGAGGAGAAACUGAAGCCCUCAUGAGGCUUGAGCGGCAUCUUGAGCGGAAGGCCUGGGUUGCAAACUUUGAGCGUCCACGUAUGAACGCUAACUCUCUGCUGGCCAGUCCAACAGGCCUCAGCCCCUACCUGCGCUUUGGAUGUCUCUCAUGCCGGCUCUUCUACUUCAAACUUACUGAUCUCUACAGAAAAGUCAAGAAGAACCACACACCACCACUGUCCUUAUACGGCCAGCUGCUGUGGAGAGAGUUCUUCUAUACAACUGCCACCAACAACCCCUGCUUUGACAAGAUGGAUGGCAACCCCAUUUGUGUCCAGAUACCCUGGGACCGAAACCCAGAGGCACUGGCCAAGUGGGCAGAAGGACGAACGGGCUUUCCUUGGAUAGAUGCUAUUAUGACCCAGCUGAGACAGGAGGGGUGGAUCCAUCAUUUGGCAAGGCACGGUGUUGCUUGUUUCCUCACCAGGGGAGACCUCUGGAUCAGCUGGGAAGAAGGCAUGAAGGUUUUUGAAGAGUUGCUUUUGGAUGCAGACUGGAGUGUAAAUGCUGGCAGCUGGAUGUGGCUUUCUUGCAGUUCAUUUUUCCAGCAGUUUUUUCACUGCUACUGCCCCGUCGGAUUUGGACGACGCACCGACCCAAAUGGCGACUAUAUACGGCGUUAUUUGCCGAUAUUGAGGGGUUUUCCAGCCAAAUAUAUCUAUGACCCUUGGAAUGCCCCAGAUGAAGUACAAAAGGCAGCCAAGUGCAUCAUAGGAGUCCACUACCCCAAACCCAUGGUGAACCAUGCUGAGGCCAGUUGCAUCAACAUUGAGAGAAUGAAGCAGAUUUACCAGCAGCUUUCCUGCUACAGAGGACUGGGUCUGCUGGCAACAGUUCCUGCCAAUUCCAACUUUGGUGGAAAUGGCACUAAUCCCAGAGCAGUCAGCACAGUGACCAAUGAAGGUCCAGGAGGGUCCUCUAAAGACCCCUCUGUGCAGGUGGGAAUGUCUCAAACAGAAAGAGCACAGUCUGUGCAGAAGCGUCGUCAUGAAGAGACUCCCCUUGAAAGCAGCUCUAAAUCCUGGAAGCAGAGUAAAUAGGGUGCUGAAGGCAGAACAAGGAUUCCUCAGUCUGUCUGUAUCAUCUGGGUAGCAUCCCCCCUGCAUUGCCCCAAAUAACGAACAGUAAUAACUAAAAGUACCAACCAUUGUAGAGCACGAAAGGGAGGGGGGAACUGGAUUUAUCUUCUAUCUUUUGACUUUUAGUCUUAAAAACUCUUUAGUACGUGACAUUCAAAUUAUCAGGACUUGGAACAGUCAGCUGUUAACAUGACUCGAUCGGACACAUUAUAGAUCUCAGGAACAGAUGAACAGUUAACAGAAGGAAUCUGCAAAAGGGGUAAAGCAGCAAAUACAGCUGAGUGUAAAAUCUUCACAUCAGGAUGUUGUGAAGCUACCUAUUGUCUUCCACUACAAUAUGUAACUGUACAAAUGCUGAAACUAGUAGCCAGUGCGCUUUACCCCCUCCACACUCCACAUUAAUGAUGUUAGGACAUGAUCAGGCUCUAAUUGGAAGGUGAAACACAAUCAGUGAUUUUCAGACAGCCUGAUCUGAUGCUUCAGCUUCCACACUAUAUGUAAAAAUGUCAGAAUAAAAAACUAUUCCCAUUAGAGUGACAGAACCGUAGGAGUUUUUUUGUGUUCAGCUGACACUAUCACUCACUUUUAGUAAACUGACUUAAAGUAAAAUGACCUGGGCAAACUUUCUUUUUAUUUUUAACAGCCCUCUGUAUCUUUAGUAUCAUUAUUACAUCCAUAAAAUAUUGAUUGUAAAUAAGGUUAGCACGUUGUUAAAGCAGGCCAUACAAAAGGCGUCAUACGUUUUGUAAAUAUUUCUUUUUAAUUUCCAACUUUUGUAUAUUUGGUAACAGGAUCUCAAAAUUCCUUUGUAAAUACAGCUACCAAAAAAAAACUCUGGGGGAAAAAAAAGUUCUCUGAAAAUGUGCCCCCCCCCCUCUCCCAUGUGAUCAUAAAUAUGUUAUUUUUGUAUCAAUUACCACAUUACAAUUGUAUUGAAAUAAAGGAUGAAAUAUUA